AUGGAUUCAUUAAUUAUUCCUUUUCGUCUUCCUUCGGAUUGUGUUAGGGAGGUUAUUUAUCACUUACCUGGGGAUUAUAACGCACUUUUCUCUUGCGCUUUAGUCAAUCGAUCAUGGUGUAGAUUUACUAUUCCUUUAUUAUGGAGUGAUGUCUUUAGCAGUAAUAUCCCAUCUGAUAAAAAAGUAAAAGUUAUUCCCGCCUAUGUAAAAUGUCUCUCAGAAAUUCAAAGGCAGACCUUGAUAAACAACAAUAUAACCCUUCAAGAAGACUUUAUACCAGCACUGUUUAACUAUCCAAAGUAUCUAAAGUUUUUGAAUUGCCGUUAUUUUGAUAAUGCAUUAUAUUAUUGGUGCAAAGCGGUCAUUAAACCUGAUACUGAUAAUACAGAAUUUCAGAACAUAUUGCACAUUUGCAAUCAAGUAAUCAGUCAAUAUAUAUUAAGUAACUCCAUUGGCUUACAUACAUUAUUCCUGAGUCCUCAUAGUAAAGAUGAAACAUGUACUAUGCGUCUUCUCCCGGAUACAUGUGAUGAAGGAAUUUAUCGUGCUUUUUCGAAAUUAACCGAAUUACAUAUAGAAAAUUGGUUUUCAAUGACGGCACAAAAUAUAUCAACUAUAUUAUUAAUUUUGGAGAAAUUAUCUUUAUAUUCACAUUAUAUUCAAAAACUUGUUAUCAUAUUUAACCAAAGUAGUGAUCCAAUUUAUCAACAAGAAGUAAUCGAACAUUUAUCAUUGUUAAUAAAUUCUCAGUAUAAUCUUCAAUCAUUCACUAUUAAAUUUCCUUAUAAUUCAAAUUCACAAUCCUCUUUAUCUUUGCCUGCUCUUUCAAGUCAAUCUGAUUCUUUAAAAUAUCUUGAAAUAAGUAAAUUCUGUGAUAUCCCUCUUUUAAUUCCUUACUUAACAUCUGUUAAUUUAGAAACACUAAACCUCAUUUUUUAUCAUGUACGUACACAAUUUGAACCAAGUGCUCUACCAUCUUUACCUUCAGGAACUCAAUUUCGAAUCAAAAAUCUUAUUAUUUCUGGAACUCAUUAUCCUAUGCUCUAUUCAUCUUUUUCCUUAAUUGUUAAAAUGUCUGGAUCAAAUUUGGAAAAGAUAUCUAUUAAAGUUUGUGAUGAAACUAUCAGAAAUGCAAUCGGUGAAUAUUGUUCAAACCUUACUUCCUUAACAAUAAUGGUAGAUUUUACAAUGUUCGAACAGUUUUUAAAUCUUCUUUCAAAAUUAAAAAAACUUAAAUACUUGGAUAUAGAAAAAAAAUUAAAUGAUAUUCAACUUACCAAAGAAAUGGUUUUAGAAUUCACGAAAAUAAUUCCUAAUACUCUUGAAGAAUUAAAUUUUGAUUUGGUAAUUAAUCAAGAACAUUUUAAUGAAUUUCUUAAAGAGCUUAAAGUUCCUUUGUCGAAAUUAACUAUUCAUUUGAGUGCUUUAAAUGAUGAAACUUUGAACUUUAUAGUUGAUUAUGCUAUUAGAACUGGAAAAUUGAAGGAGUUAUGUUUUGAUGCUACUAACAGUUUAACUGAGGAAGCUUUGUCGAAAGCAAAAGAUGUUAUACUUAUAAUUACAGAUAUUACUGAGGAUGAUAUGGGCUUUGGGCUUUUUGAUUAA